CUCUCUAAUAUGCGCAGUCGCUGAUUCCUCUCAUAGACUGACCUCACUCACAGUCCGCAUUGUUUGCAGUCGUUUUUCCCUCAGCACCAGGCGUUUAUCCAUCAUCAUCAUCAUCAUCAUCAUCAGCUUUCAGUGAUUUCACAAUGACAGACGCUGUGAUGGGCACCAAGGGUGUCCAUGUGCAGUCUGGCCCGUGUCUCGGUGCUGAGCUGACAGAUGAAGAGAAGGAGAUUAUUAACAAUGUUAUAGCCCGGGCCGAGAAAAUGGAGGCCAUGGAGCAGGAGAGGAUUGGGCGCCUGGUAAAUCGUCUGGAUAACAUGAAAAAGACAGUCUGUGGUGAUGGAGUGUCACGCUGCCUUUUGUGUGGAGAGCAGCUGGGGGGCGCAGGUGACAGAGCGGUGGUGUGUGAGGACUGUAAAAAGAACAUGUGCACCAAGUGCGGUGUGCAGACGAACACUCGGCCGCGAUCUGUGUGGCUCUGCAAGAUCUGCAGUGAACAGAGAGAGGUGUGGAAACGAUCUGGAGCCUGGUUCUUCAAAGGUCUCCCGAAGCAGUUUUUACCUUCACCCAUGCCCAUCUCCAAACCUAAAGAGCGCAGUCCUCAUCAAACCCCUGCGGCUCCUCCAGUGACUAUGCAAACUCAAGCACCGGUCACAGCUCCAGAACCAGCAGUGAAUCCACCGAUCGCCCCAAAACCCCCCGUGGCUCCCAAACCAGCCCAUCUCCAAACUCAGAGUUUCUCAGAGGACGGAGAUCCUGCGAGUCCCCAGAACACACCAGUGAUGAUGAAGAAGACUGUGAACGUCCACGCGGCCAGACCGGUCUCUUCCAGCACAGCAGCUGGUCUGGAGUCAGACAGAGGAGUGUAUCCGCCGCUCAGCAGUGGAUCUGCAGACAGAGAGGAGCUGAAGUCUGUCAGUCCUCGAGUCGCUCAGCAUCAGAACGCUCCGUCAGUGGACGACGACGACGAAGCAAACAGCUACGACUCCGAUGAAGCCACAACUCUUGGAUCGCUGGAGUUCACUUUACUGUACGACCAGGGGAACAGCAGCCUCCACUGCAACAUCAUUAAAGCAAAGGGCUUGAAGCCAAUGGAUUCGAAUGGACUGGCGGAUCCGUAUGUUAAGCUUCAUCUGCUUCCGGGUGCAAGCAAGUCGACUAAAUUACGCACCAAGACUCUGCGCAACACUCGCAACCCGACCUGGAACGAGACGCUGGUUUACCACGGCCUGACAGACGAGGACAUGCAGCGCAAAACCCUCAGAUUAUCAGUCUGUGAUGAAGAUAAGUUUGGCCACAAUGAGUUCAUCGGAGAGACCAGAGUUGCACUGAAAAAACUCAAGAUCAAUCAGAAGAAGAACUUUAAUAUAUGUCUAGAGAGGGUUGUUCAGACGAAACGAUCCUCAACUGCAGGAGGAGCACGAGGAAUCACUCUCUACGAGGAUGAGACUGGGAAGGAUGGCAGUGAGCUGGAGGAGAGAGGUCGUAUCCUUAUAUCCCUCAUGUACAGCACUCAGCUCGGACGGCUGAUCGUGGGGGUUGUUCGCUGUGUUCACUUGGCAGCAAUGGACGCCAACGGCUACUCUGAUCCCUUUGUUAAAAUAUGUCUGAAACCAGAUAUGGGGAAGAAAGCGAAGAACAAAACGCAGAUAAAGAAGAAGACACUCAACCCGGAGUUCAAUGAGGAAUUCAGCUAUGAAAUCAAGCAUGCAGAGCUGGCCAAAAAGACUCUUGACAUCUCAGUAUGGGACUACGACAUCGGCAAAUGCAAUGAUUAUAUAGGAGGCUGCCAGUUGGGAAUCACUGCCAAAGGUGAGCGUUUGAAGCACUGGUACGAAUGCCUAAAGAAUAAAGACAAGAAGAUCGAGCGUUGGCAUACUCUUCUGAACGAGAACCACGUCUCCAGUGAUUAAGCUCUUAAAGCGUCCUGCAUGCCUUCGACAGUUUCACGUCCUUAAGUUGUACUCGGCCCAUCUGCCAACUACAUUCGCCUCAACUAACUGCAUAUCUCGGUCUGUACCGAUCUUGUUAUUGUCCGGCUGACACAUGAUAUGCUUUCAAGGAACAAAAUGUGAUGUCUGGAGCUCUUCUGUUCACUGUGAUCUACACGAAAUGACUAUAGGUUAGGAUUGAAGUGUAAAAGAACUGCACAAUUAUGUCACGUCACGUUCUCUUUAUCUUUACCCGGUAGCAUUGUGUUUUGUUUUGAAUUAUAGGUUAAGAAUAAUUGUAAAAACUCCAAAUAGUUAACUUGUUGUGGGAAUGCGUUACUAUCAUGUCUCUCUUAUUAAAAAGCAUCAUAGAAAAUAUUAAUGAAGAAAAGAAAAAGAGGCGGAUACAGAAUAUCAAAGCCCUUAUUUUUACCAGUCUAAGAAUGUUUACAUGCCAUAUAGAAUGUCAGGUAAAAUGAUUUCUUUUACACAAAGACAUUUAGCAGCUUACUUAAACACCUCUGAGAUCCGAUUUUCAUAGUUUUUGCAAACAAAUAUAGGCAAAACAACAUGUAGGAAUGUUUACACAGCACAGAUGAGACUAAAUCCAAAGAAUGUUCAAGGGUGGGUUGCACCAUUAAGCAUUACAUUAAACUAAUUUAAGAGAGAUUUGAAGAUUUGUUAACACUUUUUUUGUUUUUGUUCAAGCUGUGAAUUAAAAUUUGAACAUUUAACAUAUCAGAGAAAAGAAUUUUACAUUUUUAAUUCUCUACUGCACACUCUACUGCUUGAAGGGACUUGAUGAAAAUCUAAUUUUUUGUACAUCCACCACAGAAUUUGUUGUUGUUGUUGUUGCAAUAAUGUAAAAUAAUAUGGAAGCUUGUUUCUGCCAUUGAAUAAAAACAGGUUAUUGCAACUUCUUUUAAUCUCAGAAUUGCAUGAUUUAAACUUAAGAUAUACAUUAAAAAUUGUGAGUAAAGUCAGAACUGCAAGAUAACUCAGAACUCACAAUUCUGACUUAUAAAGUUGAAAUUCUGAGAUAAAAAGUCGCAAUAACCUUUUUUAUUUUUCCCUUCCAUAAAACAGUGAUAUCAAAUCAGAUAGAAAUAAUUAAUACACUCCCAAAAGACAAAGCUAAAAUAUACAAAAUCAAUAAUAUGAACUUUAAUUGUCCAGAAAUAGUUAAGGAGAAUCUCAAAUUGUAAUGUGUUUAGGACUGUGCGAUUUGGGCAAAAUAUCUAAUUGCGAUUUGUUUUUUGGACAGAUAUUGCGAUUUCGAUCUGAUUUGCGAUUUAAUUUUGUAGUCAAGCUUCAGCUCAAUAAUCUGUAUCGUAGCUUCUUACUGCUAAAAUGCAGUGAGUGUUAGUUAGGAACUGAGAAGAUAUCAAGUUAUAUUAGCAAACAACUCUAAACUUGUACUUUGCUGUUGCUUGCUACUAGAUUGAGUGUCACUGGCAAUACUUAGUUGAUUUUUUAGCUAGACGCUCCACAAAUAGCCGCCUUUGGUGCUUUUUUAGGUGCUGGUUGUUGUAUUUCCUCAUACUUUGGCAACAAUUCUGUGACAAAUUAUCUGGUUUUGUUUGGUGACUUUGAAAGCAAGAUAUUCCCUUCUUACCAACGUGCUGUUUUUCUUUGAUAUUUGUCUAUUAAUGUCUCUGAAGAAGCAGACGCUAUCAUCCCACUUAAGUACGCUUUUCUGUUUGUUUGUUUUUUAUUGUGGGCGUUCCACAUAGUUUGGUUGAGCGAUUGAGCAGAACUGUCUCACACAGACGGCGGUCACGCAUUCGCUCUGGGUGGGGGAAGUUAAAUAAUAUAGAUUUCAUAUCGCAGUCUCUUGCCAUUAGCUAAUUGUGAUUCGAUUAAUUAUGAGAUUGUACACCAAUUGGAAAUCAAUGAACACAAUGUCAGCAAAAACAACCUUAAAAGUUGCCCUAUGGCAAGAUUUAAAAAUCUGAAUUUCUAAUCAUGCAAAAUAAAAAUAAUAAAAUGUAUCUCCUUUGAGAUUUUUUUGCCAUUAUACUUGGUUGCAAUCCUUUAAGAAAGCAUGCACUUAAAAUAGGGCUUAAAAAGGUGCUGUAGAAGGUUAAAUAUAAACCUAAAAUUUAAUAGAGAAUCUAUCUAUCUAU